AUGUCAUCACCAGCCCAGACCCAACAGACCAUGGACGGCAAAACAGCUGUUAUCUCUGGGUCCUCCAAAGGUAUCGGCGCAGGAAUUGCCAUUGAAUUGUCAAAUCGCGGAGCAAACAUCGUCCUCAACUAUCCCUUUCCAACUUUGAAAGACGACUGCGAAGCAGUGGGCAGAAACCUACGCACAAAUUGGAUCGCCGUAUGUGCCGACCUCACAUCCGAUGAUGGCCCCUCUGAGCUCGUACAGCAAGCAGUAGCUAGAUUUGGCCAUAUUGAUGUGCUGGUCAGUAACGCUGGGUUCGUGCCUAUUGCGUCUCUGUGGGAUUCCACUUUGACUAUGUGGGAUAAGGCGAUGGACUUGAAUGCUCGUGGUGCUUUUGCCCUGGUCAAGGCGUCUCUACCGCAUUUGAAACCAUACAAAGCCGCCCAACAUCAGAAUAUGUCUGGGGCAAUUGGUGGAUCCCGCAUUAUUAUUGUAGGCUCCGCUGCCUCGCGCAUACCCAAGGCAAAUCAGGGAGUUUACGCGGCGACGAAAGGCGCCCUCGAUUCCAUCUUGAGGGUCUGGGCUAAAGAAUUACCCCCAAAGUACGGCUGUACCGUCAACAUGGUCGCCCCAGGACCCGUGUUGACAGAAAGCUUCAUGGAACACUUUACAGAACAGGAAUGGGAUGAAAUUCGACAACAGCUGAUAAAUGAUACACCAGUCGAGGGUGGAGCCGCGUCAGUCGAGGAUGUGGCAUGGGCAGUAGCAUUUCUUGCGGAGGAGAGGUCACGGUUCAUUAAUGGUGAAUUUAUGGUAGUUUCUGGAGGAGCUUCAAUGUUAUAG